AUGCGCCAUGGGAAGUGGCCAAUCCAAGGAACAAGAACCAAACUUUAUCAACAGCCUGUUUUAGGAAAUCACCUGUCCGGCGAUGGUCAUUUAGUUCCCUUUCACCCGCCGUCGUUUGCGCAUAUCUCGCACCCUCGCGCGUUUCUCCAGGACGUCCAGUUUAUCAAGUUCUUUUGUAGCCUCCAGCGCUAUGGGCCAGCACUUAAUGCGAAGCUCAUUCACCCCGAUCCUUUUACGUCUCCGCCGACCGCCAUUAGGGAUGAGCCCCCAAUUCCACCUGAGUUUUGCGGACUUAGUUCUGCCUUGCGUGAGGCGUGGCCUGCGUGCGGGAUUCGAGCAACUGGCCCAAGGACUCCCGAUUCGACGGCUCCUCAAUGGCCGGUUCCCAAAACUUAG